CUGGGAACCUCCAUACCCCGAGGGUGAGGCCCUAAAAAGAGAACAACAACAACUAAAAUUUCCUGUCCUCAAAACUUAAAUGUUUUUCUUCAGCUCUAUCCAUAUUCCUCUUUUCUCCUCUUCCUGUGUUUAUCAGUUAACAGCACUAACACUCAUCCAGUUCCCUAAGCCUGAAAAAAUAUUUACUUUUACUCCUUCUUAUUCUACUUACGUCUAAUCACAAUAUUCUCUAUAUUUUAUCGUUAUCGUUCUAAUACAGCUCCAUUUCUGCAUUUCUAGGUAAGAGAAAUAUCAUCUCAUACCUGUAUUGAUGCAACAACUUCUAGUCCAUCCUUUGCCUCUAGUUUUACUCUUCCAUGAUUUAUCCUUAACUCUGACACAGGAUGAUCUUUUGAAAAGUGAAAAAACAUGGUCAUGUCACUUUUCUACGUAAAACACUUCAAUAGCCCUGCAUUUCUUUUGAUGUCGAGUCCAAAUGCCUUGGCGUGGCUUACAAAAUAUUUGCUGAUCUUCCCAGUCUCAGCUCUCACCAUUUCUCUCCUCUUGCUCUAUGGCUCAGCUACAGUGAUUCCAUUUCAGUUCUUCCAAAACACUUCCUUUAUUUUGGAAUUUGCACAGGCAUUAGUUUUUAGUUUGCUGGAAUUUUUUUAGUUUGCAGGACAUUUUACCCUAUACCCAGUUUUUGUUUGGAUUACUCAUACUCAUUUUUCAUGUAUAAAAUUAGAAUAUACUUUUUCCAGAAAAAUCUUACUUCCAAAUUCUGGUUAGAUGACCUUCAUCUAUGCUCUUAUACGAGCAUGAACUUUGGAUUCAUUCACGGCACUCCUUGUGCUGUAUUUUAAUGGUGUAUUUUAAAUGUGUGAACAGUUUUCUGCCUCCAUCUUUCAGGACAGAAACUAUGUCUGUCUGUUUACCACUCUAUCCCGGAGACUAAUCACCAUGCCUAGCACAAAGAAUAUGCUCAAUAAGUAUUUGCUGAAUAAAUUAAUGAAGGAUGAAUACAAUAUUUAGGAUUAUGUCUCUGGAAGGCCUGGGGUCUACAAAACGGAGUUUAGUUUCACAACUGAAAUGGGUUCUACCUUGUUCAACUUUUUAAAAAUAUUGUCAGAAACUGGAGGGAUCUUACUUUAUUCACUACUGCUGAGCAUUUACUUUCUACUGCUGCCAGGUAAGUCACUUAUGGAGCAUCCCUAAAUAAACAGUACCAUUUACCCAGCCUGAAAUGUCCUGCCUCCCCAAAACAACCACUUGUGUAUACUAGGUUCCAUUUCAAGCGCAUGGCUUUAUCCUUAUUGCCUUUUUGAAACCUAUUUGCUGAUGCUUAGAGAAGGCUAAGAUCUCUGGUUCCCAUUUCCAUUUUCCUGUCACCCUCUUGCUUCCUAAGUCAAUUGCAUAGAAGAGCCCUCUCAACUAUUUUUAGUUGCCUUAUAUACUGUCUUCACAGAAGACCAUAACUUAUUUGAGGUUGAGACUGUUAUCUUGAAUAUGCUUUUAUAUACACCACAGCUCUCGAGACUGUCGUUGAUUGUGUUAAAGACGGAAUAGUAACAGCAUCACAUACCACAAAGGACAAAACUCAGAAAUAAAAAACCACAGGAAUAUAGGAGAAAAUAGAAUUUAGAGUCAUCAACCCACUUGCAAGAUAAGUUAGUAUUCUGUCUCAAACGUAUUUGAUUUUGUUUAAAACUUGAGAAUCUGCAGUCGCGUGGUGGCGCUGCAGGAUAAGAUGGGGAAAUUUUUGUACCAUCAGAUGCUCGGUGUCCAUUAAUCGCUGGGAGGGAGAGCUCGGGAGAGGCAGUGGUGAUAAAGACAGGCUUUUGAGAGAAAGCUAGGGAGCCAAAAACGCCCUCACCAUAGGAUUACAGGUUUAUGGAUUUCCAGUGGUCCAGGCUGAUAGAUGAGAGGAGCUGUUUGUGACUGAAUUGAAGUAUUUCCUCGGAAAGGCGUUUGGCUUGGGAGUCAUGGAGCCCGGAGAAGGGAGCCCUCAGCAGACAAGGCAAGUGCUGCUUUUCUUUGUUUUCCUGGGAGGGUCUUUGGUGUGUUCAGAAACCUGGCGCUAUUCUGUGGCAGAGGAAACGGAGAUUGGCUCCUUUGUAGGCAACGUGGUGAAAGACAUAGGUUUGGAUGUGGAAGACCUGGCUGCACAGGGGGCCAGAGUGAUCUUUGACGACUAUAAAUCGUACUUGCAGUUGGAUCAGCAAACUGGCAACUUGCUCUUAAAUGAGAAACUGGACCGGGAGGCACUCUGCGACCUCACAGAGCCAUGUAUAUUGCAUUUCCAGGUAUUAUUAGAAAAUCCUUUGCAAUUUUUUCGUGCUGAGCUUUUGGUCAAAGACAUAAAUGAUCACACUCCCACGUUCCUAGACAAAGAUAUACUUCUGAAAAUCUCAGAAAGUACUGCUACAGGAACCUCAUUCCAAAUGGAUAGCGCUCAGGACUUGGAUGUAGGAAAGAACGGUGUUCAAAACUACACCUUAAGCCCCAGUCCUUACUUCCACCUUAAACUGCAGGACAGUGAGGAGGGUAGAAAAUACCCAGAGCUGUUACUGGACCAAACUCUGGAUCGAGAAAAGGAGCCUGAGCUUAGAUUAACGCUAACAGCCCUGGAUGGUGGGUCUCCGCCCAGAUCUGGAACCACAAAUGUGCGGGUGUUGGUCUUAGAUAUCAAUGACAAUGCCCCAGAAUUUGAAAGGCCCACCUAUGAGGUUCUGGUACCAGAAAACAGCCCUCUGGACUCCCUGGUUGUCAAGGUGUCUGCUACAGACUUGGAUGCAGGAAUAAAUGGAGAACUAUCUUAUUCAUUUUCCCACGUCUCCAGAGACAUACGCAACACUUUUGAAAUCCACCCAGUUUCUGGCGAAGUCCGUUUAAAAGCACUUCUGGAUUUUGAAUUAAUUCAGUCUUAUACAAUAAAUAUUCAGGCCAUUGACGGUGGGGGCCUUUCAGGAAAAUCAGCAAUUUUAGUUAGUGUGGUAGAUGUGAAUGACAACCCACCGGAAAUAGUCAUAACGUCUCUUAAUAGCCCCAUACAAGAAAAUUCAUCGUCUGACAUUGUAGUCGCUGUUUUUAGCCUACGAGACCAAGACUCUGGAGACAACGGAAGGAUGGUUUGCUCAAUUCAGGAUGAUCUUCCCUUCCUCUUGAAGCCGACCUUCAAAAAUUUCUACACUCUCGUAACAGAGGGCCCACUGGACAGAGAAAGCCAAGCCGAGUACAACAUCACCAUCAGCGUCAGCGACCUGGGGACCCCCCGGCGGCACACCCAGCACAACCUGACCGUGCGCGUGGCCGACGUCAACGACAACGCGCCCGCCUUCAGCCAGCCCGCCUACACCCUGCGGGUCCGCGAGAACAACAGCCCCGCCCUGCACAUCGGCACCGUCCGCGCCACCGACGCCGACGCGGGCGCCAACGCCCAGCUCACCUACUCGCUGCUGCCGCCCUCCGACCCGCACCUGCCCCUCGCCUCGCUCGUGGCCAUCAACCCCGACACCGGCCAGCUCUUCGCCCUGCGCGCCCUCGACUACGAGGCCCUGCGCGCCUUCGACUUCCAGGUGCGCGCCGCCGACCGCGGCGCGCCCGCGCUCAGCAGCCAGGCGCGGGUGCGCGUGCUCGUGGCCGACGCCAACGACCACGCGCCCGUCGUGCUCUACCCGCCGCCCAACGCCUCGGCGCCCUGCACCGAGCUGCUGCCCCGGGCGGCCGAGCCGGGCUACCUGCUCGCCAAGGUGGUGGCGGUGGACGGCGACGCGGGCCAGAACGCCUGGCUGUCCUACCGGCUGCUGCAGGCCACCGAGCCCGGGCUCUUCGGCGUGGGCGCGCACAGCGGCGAGGUGCGCACGGCCCGGCCGCUGAGCGAGCGCGACGCGCCCCGGCAGCGGCUGCUGCUGCUGGUGCGGGACCACGGCGAGCCGCCGCUCUCGGCCAGCGUCCCGCUGCACGUGCUGCUGGUGGACGGCUUCUCGCAGCCCCACCUGCCGCCGCCCGAGGCCCCCGGCCGGGCGCCGGGCGCCGGCGCGGACGAGCCGCUCACCGUCGCCCUGGUGGGGGCGCUGGCGUGCGUGUCGGCGCUGCUGGUGGGGGCGCUGCUGGCCUUGGCGGCGGGGCGGCUGUGCCGGCGGGGCGGGGCGGCCUCGGCGGGGGGCUGCGCGGGGCCCGCGGAGGGCGGCGUCCCGGGCCAGCUGCUGGACGUGGGCGGCACGGGCACCCUGGCCCACGGCUACCGCUACGAGGUGUGUCUGGCGGGGGGCACUGGGACUAGCGAGUUCAAGUUUCUGAAGUCUCUUGCCUCCAAUCACCAGGAUGUGAAUGAUGUAGAGGAAAAUUCAAACUUUGUUAAUGGUUUUGGAUUCAAUUAGGAAUUUUGCUUUAUAGCAUUCGGGAUGAAAGUUUUCUUUAAAUAUACUAUGUGUCCAUUAGCUUUUCCGUCCAUAUUCAAUUUCUUGGAUUUUUUUUUUCUGAGUUCGUCUUCCUAGUUAAGGAGAUUACAUUUUUUCUUUGAGCAUAUACUCAUAUUUACUCUUUAUUAUUUCUAUUUUGAGGGAGACAACUUCCUAUUUCAUUACCGAAAUUUUUUCAACUUUUCAUCAUCAAACAGUAUUAAUUUGAAGAUGACUCCAGACCCGUUCUCUAUUGUCCAGAAAUUUUUUCUAACUUUGUCAUUAAUUGGGAGACGAGUAUGUAACAAAUAUAAUGGAUUAUUAGUAUACCUUCUGUUUAAUCUGAUAUUAUGCCUGCCUUUCCUAAACUUUUCAAUGGAGAAAUGUCUGCAAAAAUUGCAUGUUUUUGUUUCACAGUAGUAUUAAAUGGAAAACACUACCAUUUAUUCUAUACUUAAAGGCAUUUCCUCUCUUUAUACCAUCCUUCGGUAUAAUACAUGUGGAUAUUAUUGAAAAAUUACUAAUUAUUUCAAGAUAUUUAAGUAGUAGAUCCCUUUUUUGGCAUCAGUCUAAUCUGCCACGACUUUUUUGGAAACUUCUCUCGUCAGUAAAAAUGUACUCCGCAGCCAUGUUUGUUUGUUUGUUUUUUAAGGGCUGCACCCGUGGCAUAUGAAAGUUCCCAGACUAGGGGUCAAAUCAGAGCUGCAGCUGCUGGCCUACGCCACAGCCACAGCAAGGCCAUAUCUGAGCUGUAUCUUCAAACUACACCAUAGCUCAGGGCAAUGCCAGAUCCUUAAACCACUGAGCAAGGCCAGGGAUCAAACAGCGUCCUCACAGAUACUAGUCGGGUUCAUGACCGCUGAGCCAUAAUGGGCACUCCCAGCCAUGUUUAUUUCAUAUGACCUAUCUCCCUCUGUGAUUUCAGACCAUCAGAUGAAGUGGUAGACAUCGCUGACCCAAACUGGCCAAUCUCAUUCUCUCUGCUUGAAAAAUGCCUUUAGAAACUAGUUAUAGUCUCUCUUUUAGGAGCAUAACAAGAAAGUGGUAUCAUACUGACUAAAUAUGUCAAAGAGGCACAGAAAGUCAAUCUACUUAGAGACGAGAAGGAAGGGGAUGCCUCAUUGUGCAUUUUCCAGUCCCUCUCGUGUCUUCUUUUUCUCAAAAAAAUUUUUGGGGGGAGGGAAUGUGAAAAUUUUAAAAUAAAUUUCCCUCUAAAUAAGAUAACUAAGUGGACUUGUUCUCUUGUCAAAAGCACUUUUUUUUUUUUUUUUUUUUUUUUUGCCAUUUCUUUGGGCCGCUCCCACGGCAUAUGGAGGUUCCCAGGCUAGGGGUCCAAUCGGAGCUGUAGCCACCGGCCUACGCCAGAGCCACAGCAACGCGGGAUCCGAGCCGCGUGUGCAACCUACACCACAGCUCACGGCAACGCCGGAUCGUUAACCCACUGAGCAAGGGCAGGGACCGAACCCACAACCUCAUGGUUCCUAGUCGGAUUCGUUAACCACUGCGCCACAACGGGAACUCCCAAAAGCACUUUUUGAUACUCUCGUAUGGAUACUCUCGUACCUUACUAUUAAUUUGAGAGCUUAAUAAUUGUGGUUUUCAUAUUAAUGUAAUGUUUAGGAUCAAAAGAUUGUGGAAUAUUAAUAGUCUAUAAGGGACACAUAUAAGCUUUUGUUAGGAUAUAUAAUGUUGAGAAGAAUUGAUAUUUCCAAGUUAUACAGUCUUUGGAGUGUUUAAUAGAAAUUAGAAAUUCUUAGAAAAUUCUACUAUGUAAGAAAGAGCUUUUCAAUAUCCUUAGUGUCAUAACAGCUUUACUGUAAAAUAACAAUGAUAAUGCAACAUGUGUUCUAAAGAGAUGAAUACCUUAUUUGUAGGAUCAUUAUAGCCUUGUUACCAUGUUCUUCCUUUUUUAGAACGUACUGCUUUGUUUUAAGUAGCCAGGGUAUUUUGCCAUUUAGCGAAAAAACAGUUUAAGUCAUUCUGAAUUAUUUCAAAUUACUAUUCAAAAGAGCAGAGAGAAAAAGGCACUUGAGAACAUGCCGUCUUGCUUAUUCUGCUCAAAUAAUGAACUAGGAUGUCAGCAAAACAGGGGGCUUCUAUGUUAGGAGAAUAAUCUAAGUAUCAGAGUUUUGUAAUUAAUUGUGAUUUAUUCAUUGAUCUAUUCAACAAAUACUGUUGUGCAUUUACUAUGUGCCAGGAACUAUUUAGAGGUUGAUGGAUGUAGAAAUACAACAAAGUUCUCAAACUCAAGGGUGACACAGAAAGGAAACAUCUAAAUAUGUACAUAUGUGCUAUAUGAGAUGAUGCUCUGGGAAAAAAGCAGGGUAAGAGAUAUAGGAAGUGCCCUUAUAUUUUCCCAUAUUUUGAAAGUUUCAUAAAAUCCUAACUCUGUGAUCUUAUGUAAUAAGAAAGGGUAUAAUAAACUGGAGUGAACUGGUAGCUUUUUCCUUGAUGUGACUCAACCAAUAGAAACCAUAAUUCUGGCACACAGGGUGCCUAGAAUUUGAAUGGAAAUCUAGAGGAACUCAUCCUUUUUUGCUGGGAGAAUUUUAAGAAAUCACAUAGGUAUAUAUUGUUAUAUUUACAAGAGGAAUGAUCACCAUUAAUUCUUUCAUUUCUUAGUUCCCCUCAGAACAUCUCACCCAGACUACAGGUUAUAGAAGGUAGGGACAAUGGAUUGUUCACUAAUGUAUUUGAGAACCUAGUACACAGAUAUUAUUCAUGCUUCUUUGGGUGAAUGAAUGAAUAAUUAUAAUUGUAUGUUUUUCUGAUGACAUCUUCUUCCCCAAACCAUUUCCAAACUCCUAAUAGCCAUCUAGAUUAUUUACAGAGAGAGAACACAAUUGCAGCAAUUCGUUUCGAAGAAAACGCAUGGUGGCGCUGCAGGCUAAGGCGUUAAAAAAAAAAAAAAAAAAA